UUAAAAAUACUUCUUUUAUUUUAUUUCCUCAUAAUAAUUAUAGCGCACCAAUACAUAGUCAAAAUCCACAAUUCUCCUAGUGCGCUGCCUGUGGUCAGUUACGGAAAAAUACAAGUUGUUUUGUUUGGUCCACUCGAUAUAAACGAAACGUUUACUAUCACAAACAAAGACGACGCGGCACUGUCGGUGGGCGAGACAAUGAAAAAGAUCAUCGUGCCACAUCCCGCGUUGCAGGGCUUCAGUAAAGUUCAGAUCACAUACACUGCUUACAAAGGAUGGCURUCAAAUGGACUGUCCAAGUGGAGUAUCGACAAAUUUAUAUUGACUGACAGUUAUGGGAAUAGCCAGUCUGUUUGCCAGAGGGGCUUAGUAAUGCAAUCAGAAGUGCCUGUCGUGUUGCCUCUAUACCCAGGYGAUUGUAACCUGCCUGAAUUUAUGCCACAGAUCAACGGUGGAGAAAUUGGCGACAAAAUCGACCUGCAGAUGCACAAUGGCCAACCAGAGGAGUACGGCCAGCAGCACAUCAACGAUACGUCCGCUGCACACCUUUCUAGCGCCGGGGACGUGGAUUUGACUGCUCCCAGUGAUCUAGCCACCGCCGCCGCUGGAUCGGUCGGGCUCAGCGCCACGUUGGGCGUGGGUAUCAAGGAGUACAUGAACGUGCCGUGGAUGCCGCUUGUAGACAUCGAGGCGGGGCCGGCCGGUAAUAGCUUAGAUCCGUCGUCGGAUAGGCGUGAACAGUCGGGUCGCGGGUUCUCGGCCAACGGGGCCGGUCGGACGGUCAACAAGACGGCCACUGGAGGCAGCGGCGUGCUGGUUGAUCGUCCAGCUACAGAGUCGGACGAUCAAUUCCCGUACGACGAGGUGGUACAGGCCACUGUUGGCCGUGUGGGCGUUGGAAACGGGACGACUGGAGAAAUCCGCGAACCAGUGCUACGGCCCAAGAGCCGUUUCCGAAUGUACCGGAUGCCGGAUGGCAGCUCUACCGCCGUCAAUGGCGUUGGUAAUGGAACAUCAUCGUCGUCGUCGUUACCAACACAUCAGAAUAUCGGUAACUUGUCGUCCGCGACCAUAGCAGAACGAUCAUUCAUUGUUCACCUGUUACCACAAAAAUUGAUGAACAUGAUAGAGCAG